GGUAAGAUUUACCUCUUUAUUGCGCACCAAGCUUCCACGUUUCCAUUUUAUUAAACGCUUGCCACCUUGUUGUGAAUGAGGAACUUAUGUCAUGAUUUUAUGUCUGGUAUGCAUGUGCAUCUUUGUUGUGCUCCUCGUGUUGAUGGUGAGAAGCCGAGACAGAUGUUUUAUUCUAUAACAUGUUUCCGGUUCCGAUCAUGGCUAAAGUGAGGGUCUAUUUUGUAAAUCCUGUACCAGUGUAGAAUUCUCUCUAUCGUAGUUUAGAUUUCGAAUCAUGAUCCGUUUGUUUGAAUUGAGUCUUGAUUGUUAGUUAGUUCAUUCAUUGUAAACUGGAACUAGGGGUCUAGAGGAUUCAAACUUUGAUUGGAUUGUGUGAUGUUAAGAGAUGCGAUAUAUAUAUAUGUAUGUAUACAUAGUUAUUAGUAGGGACUAUGUGCGCGGGCGGGGGCUCAGAGAUGUCUGGGCUAGCGAUGCUACUUUGAUUGUGCAGGCAGGGAUUCAGAGACGUCUGGACUUGCGAUGCUACUGGUGCGGGCGUGUGGUGCAGAGACGUUUGUACCAUGGAUGCUACUUGAGAGGGAGGGGGUACAGAGACAUACUGUACUAGCGACGCUACGUAUCAGAUAUCCAUAUGAGGAGAUACGGGGUGUAUGGACUAGCUAUAUGCUAUCAUUGCAUUGUUUGUGUUUGUGUGUUGUGCUAGGCGUUGUGUGUGUUCAUGUUAGAGCUAAGCUUCCAUAGUGGGAGUUCUAUUUACUCAAGUCAGUGGUUUGCGUUUUUAGCAUCCCAUACUUCAUGGAGUAACUCCCCUAUUACUCACCCCUCCUAUUCCUUCCCCUUUCAGAUGAGACUGACGAGCAUGAGUGAUUGCUAUCGGGUUGGUGCUUUGGGAGUUUUAUUUCCUUUCUUUUUCAGACUUGCGGUUUUAUUUCUUUUACCGAUAUUUUCGAGAUUUAUUAUGUUAUUUGGGAUUUAUGGUUAUUUAUUGGAUUUAUGGCUUUGGAGUUGACUUGUGAGAAGUAAUAAAUGAAGAUUUCAGACUUUUUAUUUACUUAAGUUAUUUUGAAAAUACGGGUGUUACAAUUUGGGGUCAAUUGGUGACAACUCAUCAUGGAGGAGUGUUGUUAAAGAGCGAAGUCAUGGGUUCAAGACUCACCAACAACCUAAUUAUGGAGUCCAAGAGAACUCAUAAUGGAGGGGUUGGGGUCGGUGUCCUGCAGGGCUGUGAGUCGGAUUCCGAGUAAGCGGGAUGGGUUGUCAUAUAAAAAGUUAACUUUUUAUGUGACAACCUGUCCUGCGGACACAAAUUUCACAGCGCUGCAGUGCACCUACUCUAACCCCUGACCGUGGGAGGAACUGCCUCCACAUCCACCGGUAGGUCAUUGAUGCGCUUGACGUUACUCGAAUCCAAGACCUCAGCCUUUAACAACUCUCCACAAGACAAAUUGUGACCAAUUGAUCUGUGUGGGAUCCGCAGGACAAGUUGUCACAGUUGCUUUAGUGCCAGAGAAUAUAGUGUAUUCUUUCUUCACUGCCUGAAAACAUCAAACAGGAACUAUAAGCAAACAUACUAACAAUUGAUAAGAUAUAUUAUAUUAUCUCAUUCUCAUAGAGAACACACGUUGGCAAGACCAUUAAAUGAAUAGAAAGGACUUCAGAACGAACACUAAUCAUACUUGAUCUUGACUCGGUUUCAAGUUACACAUCCAUCAAUUUUGAGAGUAACUAGAUUUUGAGUCGCGCUUUUAAAAUGCGGGAUUUUUUAUUUAUACAUAUCUAUUAUUAUAACAAAUGUGUUUCUUCAUAAAAAAAUUUUUUUUUGAUGAAAUUUCAAAUUUAUUGAUAAUCAGCAAAAUAAUAGGAAUUUACAAAAAGUGAAAACAAAAGUAACUAGUUUCUAAUCCAGAGAGAACAAAGAAUGAAAAAAUUUCUAAUUUAGCUAAAAGAGAACUUGUCUCACAUCGUCACUUCAAACCAACGCCUCAUCAGUCCUGCUAGCUUAUCCCCAGAGGAAUAUUUCAGAGAAGAGAUUAUGUUCCUCAUAGUCUUAUCGAUCUGAGAAAUCAGCUUCUCAUAAGGUAUCCAAGCUUUCCCAUGUCUCCUUGCAUUCCUCUCCCUCCAAAUAUGGUAAACUGUCAUUUGAAAGACCAUUCGGACAAGGACUGUAUCCAGCAUUGACCGUCGAUCAUAACGUAUCCUUGCAACAGUAUCCUGCCAAUCUGGUGUUAUACAAGUACCAAAAAGUCUUCCCGUCACUCGUAGCCAAACCAUAUAGCUGUAAGGGCAUGCAAAAAAUAGAUGGUCUCUAGUCUCAUUCCUCUUCCCACACAGCAAGCACUCCUGAUGUAAACCCCACACCCUCAUACGUUCUCCUGUAGAUAGCCGAUCCUUUAUUGCAAGCCAAGUAAUGAAAGAUAAUCUAGGAACAGACUGCGUGAACCAUACCACAGUGCUCCAAUCCACUUUCUCACGUCUGACUCUGAUUUGUUCCCAAGUCCUAGUUGCUGAAAAAAACUCCUUAUAAUCAUCUUGAUUAUGCUUCCAUAGAACAAUGUCUGGACCUAGGUCAUUAACAGGUACAGAUCGUUCUUGAAUCUGCUCAAUAAUAUCCUGGAAGACACGGGUCCUUCCUCCUCCAAGUCUCCAAUGUGUGUUAUCAGAGGCAUCACAUACCCUAGCAUUUCUCAAAAUGCCUAGCUAACGAGUGCCUUGCUCGCCUGUUAUGUCAAGAAGCUUCCCUACAUCCAACCAGUUGUCAAACCAAAAGAAAGUCGACUGACCAUUAUGUACCUCAUGCCGAAAAAAUUGAUAAGCAACACUGCGAAGUUUCAACAACUUUCUCCAAAUCCAUGAACCUUUGGAGUUCUCUUUUACAUCCCAAAAAGAACUAUUCCACAGGAGGUAAUACUGAAUCCAGGAUUUCCACAGCGAGUUACCUGUAAACAGACGCCAAAUUAGACUUAGAGCAAAGACCCUAGUGGUGUCUCUGAACCUUCUCAAUCCUAAUCCUCCUUCUUCUUUAGGGUAACACAAAUCUGACCAUGCGACUUUAGCACUGUGAGUCUGUGUAAUAGAACCUGACCAGAGGAAUGCGCUGCAAAGACUCUAUCUUGUCUAGACAACCAAUAGGGAGGAUGAAAGCUGAGCUCCAGAAAUUUACAAUACUGUAGAUUACUGACUUGAUCUAUAAAAAUUUAUCAGUUGUUUUGAUUUCGAUUAUCAGUUGUUUUCAUAUGUUUAUGUGAUCCUUUUUAUCUAUAAAAAUAUUAAUGCUGUGAAAUUUAUUGUUGCAAACUUUAGUAAGAAAUUAACUUAAAAAAUAUUUGCAAUAUAAUUAUAUUUACAAUGCAAUGUAAUAUUAUUAAAAUUUAAAAGACUUGUAAUAUACUUUAAAUUAAGAAUGUCUAGAAAUAUAAUGUAAAACCAUAUUGUAAAUACAUUUUUAUGUUUAUUAAUUGUAAAUGUGACACUACAAGAAAACAUAUUUUUACGAGGGCAAUAUUCCUUGUAAAUUCGUCGUAAAAGGGGUGUUACGACAAAUUAACAUUGAAAACCGUUUAUUUGUUAAACGUCCGUCGUAACAGAGGUUUCGUCGUAAACACGUGGUAAUGUUUACGAGGAAUUGUUUCCUCGUAAAACGGAAGGAAACAUUUCAUCGUAAACGAGACGUAACAUUUCAUUGUAAAGUACUCGUAUUAUUUCGAUGUAAAGUACUCGUAUUAUUUCGAUGUAAAUUUCAUGUAACAUUUACGAGGAUUUUACAAUGCUACCCAUGUAAGCUCCACAUAAACGUUACGACGAUGUUACGAGGAUUUCUUUGUAAAUUCCAUGUAAAGUUUACAACGAAUUUACAUCGUUUCUUACCAUUUAAUAUUAAAUUAAAAUAAGAUAUUAUUUAAAAUUCGAAAUUUUAAAUAUAAAAUGAAAUAUGACAAUGAAAACAUAUUUUUAAACACUAUUUAAAAGUCAUAAUAUUUAAAUUCAUAAUAAAAACGAAACAAAUAAAAAAAAACUACUCCAUAUUAUCGAAGUAGUCGGUGGUGGUGUUCGGUUGAGAACGGUCAGGAUCGGCAACUUCGGGAUUCUGUAUUGGUAUCCCGAGAGCUACUCGUCUCACAUUUAGUGCUUGCUGCAUAGUCGGGUUUCCCACCAACAUCACGUCCAGCAGAUCCUCAAGAGAGUUUAAACGAUCCUGCUGGCUAUCCAUCCGAGCUCUCAUCUGAGAGUUCUCCUCAUCCCGUCUCGAAGCAUAUGACGAAGUUGCUAAGGCAACUUUGUUAACAGAACCUAUGCCCACUGUCCGCCCCUUCUUUCUAGGAGCCACCUAUAAAAAUAUAUUAAUAAGGUCUUACCUCUUCGAAGAUCAUGUCGACCUCUUCGGUGGUCAGUUUGAUUGGUAAUCCAUCGGGAAACUGCUGGGUUAACUGCGUCUCCCGCUCUUCAACUCGAGAAGCCACUGCGUUGAAGAGUUUCUCGGAUGCCGGAUCCACAAAAAUCCCGUCUGAUGUGGUGUGAGUCAUCUUGAAUAGAUCAGACAGAGAUGGUAAGACUCCCGUCUUCUCAUACUACAAACAAAAAUAAAUAAAUUAAAUUAAAUAUUAGAAACAACUUACAGCUUCUAGACGGAUUCCAGCAUGUGCAGCGGAACAACGAACCAUGGGCAAAUGACCAUCUUUGUCCUUUGUUCUUCGGGAAGCGGAGCACGAGUUGGCCUUACGGAUUGAAGAGGGUAGCUUCCAAUGGGGGAUGAGAUCAUCCCAUACUUCCUUCGUGAGCUCGGUGGGCUUUCCGUAAUAACCGUAGAUCUCCCACUUGUCCUUCCAAUCGGAGAUGGUGUUGCAAAGGCGGGUUUUUGCCUUUGCAACGAACUCCCUCUUCACCCUCUCGGUUAUUCCCAAGGACCAGUGCCACCUUUGCCGAAACAAACAAAAUUUUGAAAAAAUUAAAAUAAAUAUUUAAUUAGAUAUAAAUAUUUAAUUAGAUUAAAAAAAAUAUUACCUGCAAAACAUUUAAACCAAGUUGUCUUAACGUGGUCGGGAGUCUUGCUCCAAUUUGGGUAGGCUCCGUCGUAGUAGCCCUUGAUGGUCUCCGACACGCUCCGGCCAAUACGGUUGUUGGCCCCAAACCUGAAAAGAUAACCUAAUUGUUAAAUUUUUUUUUUUAAUUUUAAUGUACUAAAGAAUAUUAAGUUACCGAUAAGUUCCCGGCGGUCUAUCGGGAUCCAGAACAUCCAAGCCCCUCGUGCAGGCUGGGCGAGCAAAUCCUCCACUGUUUAUCUCGCGUAUGGGGCAGAUGGAGGCACACGCAAAUCUGGAUGAACUGCACCUGCUGGGACAAGCUGAGGUGCAGCGGCUGGAGGAGGAGGUGGUGGAGGCAUAUGAGGUGCAGGAGGAGGAGGACUCCAAGAAACUGUCUGAGAUGUCUGAGAGUCCCGGAACUGCCUCGGAAGAUGAUGGACCGGAAGAAAAUGUCUCGACACCAUCAUGAAACAUCUGAGAGUAAGUACAGUUAGUUUUAUCAUUAAUUUUUUAGGAUCUAUUUAAUUUUUUUAAAAAAAUUACAGUUAAUUUUAUCAUUAAAAACAUAAUUUAAAAAUAUUGUUCUGAUACCUAACUAAUCACCUAAACUAAUUACCUAUACUAACCAAUUAAACUAAUUACCUAUACUAAUCACUUAAACUAAUUACCUAUACUAACCACCUAAAACUAAACAAUUUUUUUUAAAAAAAAGUUAGAGAGAGGGAGAGGUUACCUAAGAGGAGUGGAGAGGGAUUUGGGAGGAAUGAACGAGCUUUGCUCGUUCUGAGGCGUCACCUAUAUGUAAGAAAAGGCAUUCCUCGUAAAGUUACGAUGAAGUUACCAGGCCCGCUUUUUUCAUUUACGACGAAUUUACCAGGCCCGUGUUUUUCAGUUUACAACGAAUUUAUGUGGAAAAUGUAUGACGAAUUUACGUGGAACGCUUAUGCUUUUUUCAUUUACGACGAAUUUACCAGGCCCAUGUUUUUGUUAACGAUGACUUUACGAGGCUUAACCCUAAACCCUGAAACCUGAAAACCUAAACCCCAAAGUUACUUAUCUUAUAGCACCAUCUUUUUUCUCUUUAUCUCUUUAUCCAACUUAAACCCUAAACUCCAAAUUAAUUUUUUAAAACCAAAAGAAAACAUAUUAUAUAAAACAACAUAUGUUACACAUACAUUAAAAUGAGAAAAUGAAAAAGAAAAACAACAUUUGUUACAUAGAUUACAUCAUUCUGAAUCGUUUUCAUUUUCAUCAAGAUCAGUACAAUGAUCAUCGUCGCUUCCAUUGAACUCGUCUUCACGUGCUUCAUCUGUCACAUCUUCAGGAAGAUCUUCAUAUUGUUGGUUUUCCGGAUCGAUCAGAAGGAUUUCAUUAAGUUGUUGACUAGGUACAUCAACUUCAUUGAUAGCGUCUUCUUCUUGCAAAGGUGGUUCUUCUCCAGCAACAAUUCGUCCACGAGGUGUAAUUUUUAUUACAGCUAACCAGUUUAUCCCAGAACUUCGAAGGCGAGGGUAUGGAAGGAAGCUAACUUGCUCGGCUUGAGAAGAUAGGAUGAAAGGCUCGAACUUGUUGUAUAUUCUCCCAUAAUUGACAUCCACAACACCAAAUUUAUUAAUUCAAACACCUCAGUUCACAGCAGGGUCGAACCAUUCACAUUUGAAGAUGACGCAUUUUAGCUUCAAUAACUCUGAAAAUUCGACUUCAAUAAAUUCCUGCAAGAUCCAGUAAAAGUCUGUUUCGCCUUUCACACAUAUUCCGUAGUUACUUGUUGCCCGAUGUCUCCCAUACUCGUAUGUGUGAAAGGUAAACUCUCGUGUAAAAUACAUAGGUGAUGUGGUGACCUUUGCUACUAGACCUUGGACUAAAUCGUGAAACCAUACGGGGUAAUAUGGAUCGUCAUACUAAACCUACAAAAAGCAUCACCGUUAAAAUUAUCUUAUAGCAUCACUGUUAAAAUGAUAUAUAUAUAUAUACCUGUGAUUUUAACAACUUGACAAAGUGCUUAUCUUUCCGUGCGUCCACCUCAGUUGAGGAUUUUCCUGGUAUUGCUUCUUCAACUUGAGAUACAAACAUGCUGUAAAUAAAAUGAAUGCUUUAGAGCAUAUAUAAUUAACAUUUUCAUAUAAUUAACAUUCACAAGAAUAUUUACCUCUCAAAAGAACGAAUUUAAUGCACCCUUGCAGUUGAGCAAAAUAUAAUUGUGGGCAUUAUGCUUAUCUUCUUCAUAUGACCACCAUACUUCUUUCAGUUUACCACCAAACCGUCCAAUUUGACAGAAAAUAUCAGAAACACCAUCAACUGCAUAUGAUGUCGGUACUCCUCCAUCAUCAUAUCUUCUAGGAACUCUUUUUCUCAUACGAACAGUUGGAGCAAAGUAGUAUGUUGUGAAAUUAGAUGUUUCUGCUGUCAAACUCCUAGCAACUAUUGAACCUUAGACCUUUGCAAGAUUUAUUGCUUUUCCCUUCAAAUGUUUCAUGGAACGCUCAAACGGAUACAUCCAUCCGUUGUGAACAGGUCCACAAAGAAAUAUUUCAUACGGGAGGUGGAUACCUAGAUGCUCCAUGACGUCAAAAAAUGAAGGUGAAAAUAUCUUCUCCAGAUUGCACAAUAUGAUCGGAAUGUUCUGAUGAAGUUGUCCGAUGGCUUCUUCCUUGAACGUACGUGUGCUAAGAUCUUUGAAGAAGGCUUCGAUGACUGUAUAUUACAAAAGUAACCCAAUUAAUAACAUUUCAUAACAUAUGUAUAUAUAUUAUAAAUUAAUAUUUACCUGCAAUUGUUUCAUGUACAUUUUUUGGAAGGAGCUCGACAAAAGCAAAUGGAAGUAGUCGUUGCAUAAACACAUGACAAUCAUGACUCUUCAUUCCUGAGAACUUUUGACCUCGUUCAACACAUCUUGACCUAUUAGAAACAUAACCAUCAGGGAACUUAACUUCGGAUACAACCCAGCCAAACAAAGUUAUUUUGGCUUCUCAUGACAACCGAAAGAUAGGAGCAGGAACGUUCCAUUGCUCUUGAUAUGUAACUCACUUCUUGAGAAAAUAUUCGAUAAGUAUAUCCUUGACUUCUUGUUAUCUUUUGUCUUCACAGGGAUGUUCAGUAUUGUAUUCAUGAUGUUGUCAAAAAAAAUUUCUCUAUAUGCAUCACAUCCAGGUUGUGACGUAAAAGAAGAUCCUUCCAGUAAGGCAACUCCCAAAAUAUAUUCUUCUUAUACCAAUUGUGCGCCACACCAUACCCAUCAGGCAUAUUUCCAGGAACAUGCCAGUUUCCUCCACACUUAACUGUUUCCUGAUCUCUGUAAUAAUCAAUGCCAGCUUCGAUCUGUUGGCCGGUGAGAUAUGGACGAGGACUAUCUCUAACAACUCUUUUGUACAUAAACAAUGUCUUACUUCUUCUGUACGGAUGAGAAAUGGGAAAAAAGCGACGAUGUUAAUCAAACCAACAACUCUUCCUAUCAUUCUUCAGUUGAAAGACAUCCAUCAGUCCAAGACAAUAUGGACAAGAUAAUCUUCCAUGUGUUGUCCAACCAAACAACAUCCCAGAAGUAGAAAAAUCACUUAUCGUCCACAUCAAAACUACUCGCAUCGUAAAAUUGUUUUUCAACAAACAAUCAUACGCCCUCACCCCUUCUGACCACAACUCCUUUAGCUCUUGUAUCAAUGGUUGAAGAAAAACAUCUAGCGACCGUUUUGGAUGCUUCUGCCCAGGGAUUAAUAUGUUUAAGAACAGAAAUUCUUGUUCCAUGCACAUUUUCGAUUGCGGAUUGUACGGCGUAAGAAUGACUGGACACAAAGAAUAUUAUCUCCCAAACAUUCCGAAUGGACUAAAUCCAUCGGUGCAUAACCCAAGAUAGAUAUUCCAAAUAUUUCUACUGAAAUUUGGGUGUUCCUUGUUGAAAUGUUUCCAACGCUCUUGCAUUUGAUGGAUGAGCGAACUCGCCAUCCCUCUGGACAUGUUCGGCAUGCCACCUCAUCGAUGCAGCAGUCCUCUCAGAUUGAUAUAACAUUUUCAACCUGUCUGUAAUUGGUAGGUACCACAUCCUUUGGUAUGGUACCCUAUUCAUCUCACGUCCUUGCGGUUUGAAUCGUGGUUUAUUGCAGAAUCGACAUUCUUCUAGCUUCUCAUCAUCUUUUCAGUACAUCAUGCAGUUGUCGAUGCAAACAUCUAUCAUCUCCGAAGGCAACCCAAGACUAAAUACCAAUAUCAGAAUCUCAUAAUAAGAAUCAGCAGACACGUUAUCUUCUGGUAAAUACUCUUUAAACAACUCCGCCCAUGCAUCCAUGCAAUUCUCAGGUAAAUUAUGAUAUGUUUUAAUAUUCAUCAUCCAAGCUACUAGAGACAAUUUAGAGAGACCAUCUCUACAACCAGUGUAAAUUGGUUGAUUUGCAGCAUUCAGCAUUUCAUAAAACAUUUUUGCAUCCAAAUUAGGUUCUUCUACAUUUUCAGUUCCAUCAGCUAUUGUUGUAGUUGUUUCUAAAAAUGCAUCAGUAAUCAUGUCUGAAACCCUAUCAUGAUCUACCAUAUGCUCUUUUUGAUGGUAACUAGAUUCAUUAUGCAAAUGAUUCGGUUCUUCAUUAUUACCAGCAUCCUCAAAAUUAUUAUUACUACUACUAGCUUCAUUUCCACCGUAACCCUCUCUGUGUUGAUACCAAAUAUAAUACUGUGGUGUAAAUCCUUUGUUUACUAAAUGCUUCCAUACAGUUUCACUACGUGCAAAUUUUGAAUUCUUGCAUUUCCGACAAAGGCAGAACAUCUUAUCGCUUUCCCGUGUGAUCGGUGUAGAGGCCGCCUGGUACAUGAAUGUCUCUAGCCUUCUCAGAAAUGCAUUCAUCACUCUCCUUUUCGAAUAUUUAUGGGAAUACAUCCAACUCCAUAACUCGUAAAUAUUACUGCCAUCUGCCAUUUUUUUAGAAUUUUUUUAGGGAAUUUGUUUUUGGAAAUGUUUUGGGAAUUUUUUUUUAUAAUUUUUUGAAGUUUUUUAUUUCUCGGAAUUUUUUUUUCUUGUUUUCCUUUGUGUGCUGUGAGAGUGUGAAUUAGGAGAAAUGACAUAUAUAUAGAAAAAAAUUCGAGUUUAGUAGGUGAAGUAUAAACAUGAUUUUACUAGAAAAAAAUUACUAGGGUUUUACAUCUCUUUUACAUCAGUUUUACAAGGAAUUUACAACGAAGUUAGGCAAUUCAAAGCGCAUUGAAUACACGUUUUCACCAAUAAAUAACGGUAACAUGUUUCAUCGUAGUAUCGUCGUAAAUUUACGACGAAUAUUGUUCGCUACGUACAUUCAUCGUAAAUUUACAAGGCAUUUACGACAAAACGUUUUCCUUAUAAUUUUACGUCUACGUUACGACGAAUUUCCAUUUUGUCGUAACAUCCUCAUAAACUACUUUUAAGUUUACGAGGAAAAAUUUUCCUCGUAACUUUUCGUCGUUACGGAAAACUUUUUUUUGUAGUGUGAUAUUUUAAUCACAUAUCAGAAAAAUGUUUAAUUGUGUUGUUAACCUCAAAAUUAAAAUAUUGAAAUAAUUAAUUCAAAGCCUAUAUAUUUGAAGGUUGUUUGAUAAAUAUAUAUGUCGAAUGGUCCCCCAACAAAUUUGUUGUUGACAUUUAUAGCCCAAUAAAACUAAUACUUAUCUUUGAUCUUAUAGACCACUAGGGGGCAAAGCUCCGCGUAAGCGCGGGGAUAUUAACAAAUGCAUGUGUUACUGACACGUCCUAAAAUAGGGAAGGAUCACUCAAUCGGACUUAAGGGAUAUGAACUCGCCAAAGGGAGAACAUAUGGAUUGACCGGUGACACAAGAGGGGCAGAAAGUUUCUUCAUACUAUCAAACUUCAGUUGUUGCUUGAUAUGACACACAAGUCCAAGAAAAGAAGGGUUUCUAUACGUUGCUUGAUAUGACGCACAAGUCCAACGAAAUAGAGAAGUUUACUUGGAGCUAACCACACCAAGAAACAAGAAGUGUUUUACAAAGAAGAAUGGAGAUAAACUCAAUAAAAAGAGAAAAAAUGUUGCUUUAUUUCGUGGCUCAUAGGCCUUAUUUAUAGGAUUACAAGUAUUAGAAAUACAAAGAAGAAUGUGCUAAAAACAAGAAAUAGAGACUAGAAAUGAAGACUUUGACUAAAGACCGAAAUUAAUGUUUUUUGUUGAAUUCUUUUUCCCAUGCACGACCAAGACUUCCUUGCCGACUCCUUCAUGGAAUUUUUGAGGAGAAUAGGCUUAAAAUGGACUGAGGAAAGGUCCGGUAGAAUUUGGUGUAAAACCGACCCAAAUUGAAUUUGUUAUGAAUUUUUCUUUGGGCUGAAAAGACCCAUUUCGCCCAGACACUAAACCAGCUCCAUCUUCGGUGUCACUCAGCUCAUUCAGCUCCAAGCUAAAGUCACUUAGCUCACUCAGCUCUUCCAGCUCAGAUAUAUAAGUGUCACUUUGAUUCAGCUCGACCAGCUCGCCCAAGUAAGUGUCACUUCGCCUAACUCGUCCAAAGUGUUCAUGUGUGUCUAGUUCCAUGAUAUCUUCAAGGUCAAUUGAUUGUUGCUCCCACUUAGUUCCUUCCAUAGGUGUGGCAUCCACAGAUAUGCAUCCACAGGGUUGCAUCCACUCCCUAAGUCCUUUCUUUUCCAAGUUAGCUUCUGGCUCGACCAUGGUUGCAUCAUCCGAUGGGGAAACCUCGGUUGGGUCGAGUUGUGCACCAUCCUGGCCCGGGUCUACGAUCCAGGGCGCAUCAUUCUCUCUCUCCUGAAAAUUUUUUGUCCUCAAAUCCAUUUUACCUGAAUAAAAAAAAAUGAAUCGGACAAAAUUUUUAAAAAUUCAUGUAAAAUUCAAUGAAGGAAAAUUUUGGAAAGAAACUUUCUUGGAGUAUUGAUGCCAUUUUCCUUGUGUACAUGAAUAUCCAAACCUGAGGCUUAUAAUCCCGGUCUAUGCUUUUACUUCUCUGAGACUGAAUCCGAGAAUAAACCUGUCUAUCCUAGAUACUCAAAGCAGACAUUAAAAUACCAGGAUCAUAUGUGCAAGACAUGUACUUGUUCAAAUCAGAAAACAAAGUCUCUUUCCGAAGAACAAGUAGCUCACAUUUCAGCCUUUCAAAAUGCACAUGAAAGUAAGCAUUACAUACCAGAAUGGUAUCAAAGCAUGAGAUAAUAUUGAGCAACUUCAAAUCGUGUUUAGCCUUUUCAAAAUCAGAACACAAAAGUUUAAGUUCAGACUGAGAAUCACUUAUCAAAAGCUCAAAAUAUUUUUCAAAGAAAGUGUUGUAAACUAAGAUAACAUCAAAGCUCAAAACAACACAAUUUUUAAGAAUUGAUCUUAGAUUAUGCCAAAGUUUAUCAGUUUCAACACACAAGCUAUCAAGCUUCAAAACAGAAUCACAAAAAUCAGAUUUGACUCUAGGUGAUUUAUGUUCCAGCAAAGUCUUAACCAUAAAUUUGUCCAAGACACAAGUGGAGGCAACCAAAUUACCAGUUAUCAGUUCAUGACUAGAAAAACUCAGAUAAAAACCAUUAUCCUUAAGCCAAACAAAGGAAUCACAAGGUUUUCGGAAACACAAAUUUGGUUGUUGUAAAACAAGCUCAAACGAUUUUUCAAGAUGAUCAAAACCUUUGUUAUGUUUCACAAACUGAUGAAAACUCAAAACAAAGAAGGGAUGUCAUUGCCAUAUUGGAAACAUUUUUGAUCAGAGAGUUUAUCAGGUUCAAACAAUUUAAAAGAGUUAAUCAGGUUUUCAAAAACUAAGCUUGAAACACAAAAUUUUUUUACUUUGUCAAAACCAAAACUUUUCACAUCUUGAGAACUAAUCUUAACAAACAUUUCAGGUAGAGAAUUUAUCAAAUCAAGUUUCUCACAGUGCUUUUGAAUGUCUGUGGACAAAGGCAUAGUAGGAGUUGUGCCGGGAUCAAAGCAAAGAUGAUUCUCCAUGUUGAUGGACGUUAGGUUUGGUGCUUCCUCAUCAACAAUUGGACCAAGUUCGUCCAAGUGAUCAUUUUCCUCAUCAAAUAUGGGAUAUAGAUCAACGUCCAUGGGUCUCUUGGUGCCAAGAAGCGGUUCUUGAUGUGGGUAGUCGAAUGGCUUUUCCUCAAAAUCCUAUGAAAAUAGAACAAGACUACUCGGACGCUCCGGUUGCAAAAAGGUUAGUUCUGCAAUAGUCUGUUCUUUAUCAAACAAAAAAUCAGGUUUUGGGAAAGGAAGAUCACAAUUAUCCUCACAAAUCAUCAAACUUUCAAUCAGCUCUUCAUCAUACUCAUCAAAGAUUGGUAAAGAAUCUGACAAAUCUUUUAGAUCUUCAAGGUUGUUUUCAGAUUUACCCUAAAGUUUUUCAUUAAUGAAUAAGGAUGGUUUAGCUACAGGGGCACGUGUGGUUGUGCUCUUUUUUUGUAUCUUACUGACGUCCUUGAGGGCUUUUACCACACCUCCACAAGGUUGUCACAAAACUCACGGACUUCAAAUUGACUAAAAAGCCUUCUUUGAUCAGCUUCAAACAUCUUAACCUGAAAAUUCUCAACACAAAAUGUUAACAUAUAAAAAUAAUCCUCACACUCUCAAGUGUUUAAUCUCUCCCACGCAAGUGUUUCUCUUGGAAUUUUAGUGGUCACACAAAAGCCUUCUCUCAAAGUUCUAAGAGAACAAAUUAAGUAACCCAAUGGUUUCUUCAAGAAAACAAGAGAUGAACACAAGGUAGGCAGAUAAGAGAAUUGGUUUUGAAAUUCGUAUUAACCACUCCAAGGCUGGAUUUCUCCUCAGCCAGCAGGAUUUCUCAUCCACCACCAGGUCAAAUUAAUCAAACUUUUAUUUUUUUCUCUUUUUUUUGAUAGAUCUUUUUUUUUAUAGAAGAAUGGCGAUAGGUAAGGUAAUGGCCCAGAUUUGAGAUAGAAAGGAGAAGAUGAAGUGUUUAGAAAAUGAAAGAUGAGAAGAUGGAUAGAUAGUACCGAAUGAGUGGCUCUUAUACCACUUUGAUACGCCCUAAAAUAGGGAAGGAUUAAGGGAUAUGAACUCGCCAAAAGGAAGAACAGAUGGAUUGAACGGUGACACAAGAGGGGUGGAAAGUCUUUUGAUACCACCAAACUUCAGUUGUUGCUUGAUAUGACGCACAAGUCGAACAAAAGAAGGGUUUCUAUAUGUUGCUUGAUAUGACGCACAAGUCCAACGAAAUAGAAAAGUUUACUUGGAGCUAACCACACCAAGAAACAAGAAGUGUUCUACAAAGAACAAAGGAGAUAAACUCAAUAAAAGGGGGAAAAUGUUGCUUUAUUUUGUGGCUCAUAGGUCAUAUUUAUACGAUUACAAGUGUUAGAAAUCCAAAGAAGAAUGUUCUAAAAACAAGAAAUAGAAACUAGAAAUGAAGACGUUGACAAAAGACCGAAAUUAAUGAUUUUUGUUGAAUUAUUUUUCCCAUGCACGACUAAGACUUCCUUGCUGACUCCCUCUUGGUAUGCUUGAUGAGAAUGGGCUUGAAAUGAACUGAGAAAACGUCUGGUCAAAUUUGGUGCAAAACCGACCCAAAUUGAAUUUGUUAUGAAUUUUUCUUUGGGCUGAAAAAGGCCAAUUUCGCCCAGACACUAAACCAGCUCCAUUUUCGAUGUCACUUAGCUCAUUCAGCUCCAAGCUAGUGUCACUCAGCUUAUCCAGCUCAGAUAUGUAAGUGUCACUUAAAUUCAGCUCGACCAGCUCGCCCAAGUUAGUGUCACUUUGUCCAGCUCGUCCAAAGUGUUCAUGUGUGUCUAGCUCAAUGAUAUCUUCAAAGGUUAAUUGAUCGUUGCUCCCAUUUAGUUCCUUUCAUAGGUGUGGCAUCCACAGAUAUGCAUCCACGGGGUUGCAUGCAUUCCCUAAGUUCUUUCUUUUCCAAGUUAGCUUCUGGCUCGACCAUGGUUGCAUCAUCCGAUAGGGAAACCUCGGUUGGGUCGAGUUGUGCACCAUCCUGGUCCGGGUCUACAAUCCAGGGCGCAUCAGUUACUGUAUUUUAAAAAUGUUAUAAGAGAUGGAGUCAAGUGUUUUGUUUAGUAUAGUUGUCGUGGUUUAUAAUAAAAAAUAAAAAAAUUCAUGUAAAACCAUAUGAUGUGUGGUUGUAGUGCAUAGAAUGAAAUGUGAGCAAAUUGGUUGUGAAUAUCUAUAUUAAUAAAGUAGGACAGAAAGGAUCCAGAGGCUGCCACGUCAUCAGACCCCAUUCGUUUUGCUGACACGUGUCGCAGAGGGAGAGAUUUUGAGUUUUUCUUACGCGAAAGUUUUGUUACGGGAGGAGAUUUUGUUUUUGCUUUGGGCUUUUGUUUUUGCUUUGGGCCCAAGUGAAUUUUUUUUGGGUUAUAGUUUUCUGGUCACGGCGUUGCCAUCUCCGCCAUCCUCUUUCCACCGUUUUUCCUCUCUCAACUCUCUGUAACGUAGUCUUCGACAUUGAAAUCGAUCUUAAUUCGAUCAUCAAUGUUCACCCCACCUCUCUUCCCACUCCAUCUCAUUUACUCUUAUGGACGACCCGGUUUUGUAACAGAUCGAAGCUGGCGCUAUAAAUAAGUGCGUCUUGGAGCGAUGAGGAUCUACAGCUCUGAGAUUUAAAGCUUAAGCAAUCCGACGCGCCUUCCGAUAUGUCUUCAUAUGUUCUUCUCGCUAAUUUGAGAGCAGGCCGUUGCUCAAACACCGCUGAAGUUCGUCUUCUGAGAUUCUGGGAAGCUCGCAACGUCAGGAAAGAUGGAGAGCUUAUGAGCCUUGACAUGCUUCUCCUUGAUGAACAGUCUACGCUGAUACACGGGAGCAUCAACUCAAGCCGCGUUGACACUUUCCGGAGUCGGCUCAGUGAAGGCUCCGUCUACUCUCUCAGUGGUUUCGACGUGGCACGGGCUAACCCAAAAUUCCGACUUUCUGACUCUCCGGUGUCCAUACGCUUCAAUGAUGGGACUGAGUUAUUCAGGUUUCGCAGCCAUGAACAGCUUCUGGCAUUGGCAAAUACCAACAGAGAACUCCCAGAUAUCGUUGGUGAAGUAAGUUCCGUGAGGAGCACGAUCACCGACGGUCUACGCGGUCCUCAGCGUGUAAUGGUGACUCUGCGUUUGGAAGGGGAUGUCAAUGUCUGUGUCAGUAUGUUUGAUGAUCGUGCUGUAACUUUCCAAACUAAGUUUGACGAGCACGUCUCUGAGCCAAGGGUUAUACUGUUUACAAGUAUCAAUCCCAAAGUUGUUGGAGGGAAGCUUUUUCUCAACGCUACGUCUGGUACGCACUUUUAUUUUGACUGUGAAACAGCAGCUGGAAAAGAGCAUUAUGAAAAGCUGGUUGGUGAUGGAGCCAAUUCGAGCUCUUCUAAAUCAAAAGUGGUCUCAGCUCAGAAAAUCGAGCCCUUGACCGUUGCUGAACUGAACCAAUAUGUCCUUGCCGCUGACCCACAGGAUAUUGAGUUUCUAUGCAAGGCCGAGGUGACCAGUCUUCAGUCGGAGAAGGGAUGGUGCUAUAUCGGAUGCUCCAAAUGCGCAAAGAAGCUUCAGCGGGAUGAAACAUCUUUCACUUGUCUCUCGUGUGAUAGGGAGAACGCUACGGGUGUGUUAAGGUUGAGAUUCUUCAAUGAUCUUAUUCAACUGUUUCAGAUAAGUUGUCUCAUAUCAUGUGCGUUAGUUUAUCACAUUAUCACAACCCUGUUUACAGGUAUCGAGUGGAGUUCUCGGUGGCGGACCAUACGGAUGAGGCUGUUUUUGUAGCAUUUGAUACAGAGAUUGCUAAGCUAACCAACAUCCAAGCAUCUGAGGCUGCACAUAUUUUGGUAAGUACUCAGCACAUCUAACAGUAGCUCAUGCUUCUGUGUCUUUGAUCCAUUUCCAUAAUCCUAAGCUUCUAUUUGCAGGGUGCGGGCGUGAAUGCUAGGGUCGACAGCGAUUUCCCUCCGUUCUUGAAUGAAGUAGUUGGAAAAACUUUCACUUUCCAGCUCAAGUUGGGUCAGUUCAACUUCACCUCCAAGCACCAGAGUUUCACUGUCUCCCGUAUAAUAAGUGAACACGAGAGAGCGCCAUUGCCAGCGUUUGUUAACGAUGUUAGUAUUUUUAAAGUUAUAGUUUACAAAAUUUACAGCACUAUAUCGACACCGUUACAAUGGUUUCAGGGGGGUGAUCAUGGACCAGAUGACAAUGGAGAUGGUGUGGCACCAAAGAUUGAUGAGAGUACCGUUGUCAGCAACAAUGCAUCAGCAUCAAAUGUCCCAUAUCACGGUUCUCAGGCUGCAGACAAACAGAAGCUUGUCAACGAUGGGAACAUGCAGAAGAAGGCACGCAAGGAGUAGAUCAAUCUGGAUUGCAUCAUUUCCCACCGCUUAUCUAUCAAAAAAUGCUAUCUUUUGUUCAUCUUUUUAAUUAAAACUCUUUAGUCUCUUUUUCCUAAUAUUAUAGAUUUGAAUUCUAUGUCUGGUGGAUGUUUUAAUGAAUGCAAUCUGAUCUUUUUCUUUCGAUAUUAUAAAGUCUUUCGUUUUGGUGCUUUGAUAUUAACCUAAAAUGCUCAAAAUAUUUGUUAUCCUUUAUGCUACGCAUUGUACUUUCGGUUUGCAAAAAACAAAUAAAGACAUAACAAUUUUUAAAUUUAAAGUUCAUGUAAAUCAUUUGAAGGCGAAGUUUAAUAUUUGUGGCCAUGCUGAAUCAACCAUAAAAUCAUUUAAAUUGGGCUUUCCGUGUAAAUUCUAAAC